AGCAGUCUAUGGAAAGUAGCUGAAACAAGAAUAGUGGAACAUCUUCCAUAGUCUUAACUUAGGGUCAUCGAUCAGAAUUUUUGUCACCAAAAUGUUUUGCAAUUUUUCAUGGAGUCAAUGGAGCACUAUAGACGGGUGGAAGAGCAAAUGAAGUCGUCGUGUUUUGUAUGGGGGACGGUGCACGCAGCUUUUAGAAGCUGUCCGUGGGCUGUGUGCAAAGAGACAGACGUGCACAUGUGAACACAAGUGUUGUUUUUUAGACCUGUUUAGGGGCAGGGAGCGUAUGAAUGUUUUGGGAAGGAAAGGGGAAUGCUCACUGAAACCAACAUCUUUCUUGAGCGACAAAUGUAAGAUGCAGGUUUGUGUUUCCAUCCUGAUCUCUGUGAGAAAUCUUAGAGGGAUUAUUUUCAUGAGAUUCGUCCACUGUCCCACUGAAACAUGGUAAGAUUUCAGCAACGUUACUCUAUGUUCCUGUGUCCAAAACAUGAGAUCCCACUGGGAACAGAUAUGUGUUUUGAUUUAUUUCAGAGGGAUAAAAACAAAAUUGGAAGUGUGUCUUUUGUGAUGGAUUCGCUUUACUUUUGCUGUUGCAAAAUAAGAGAAUUCUUCAAGCAGCCUCUGACUUGGCUUUAAAUCUUAUAGGUCCUGUGCCAGUUGUUUUAUACCUCUCUCUCUCUCUCUCUCUCUCUCUCACAGAUGAAGACAUUUUUAAAGCUAGAAGAGACCCAUAUGGUCAUCCAGGCUGACCUCCUGCAUAACAGAGGCCAGAGGGGAAAUCAGAGUCUGGGGUUUAUCAACUUCAUGACUUCUGUGCUAUACUUUGUUUUAGUAAGACACCCAGGCCUGAUUUAAACAUUGCAAAUGAUGGAGAAACGUCUAUGUUCGUUCCUAAGUUACAGCAAUGAGUAGCUGUCUACUAUCAGAAAUCUCAGUCCUUCAGGUACUUGUAUACAGCAAGCAAGUUACAUCCUUGGAUAAAAUAGAGUGAGCUUCUUCAGUCUCUCACCUGUCAUGUGCUCCAGACCUUGUAUCAUUCUUCCAGCUCCCAUCUGGACCAUUCCAAUUUUUCAGUCUUCUUGUUGAAGAGCAAUGGGAUUUUCGUGGCAGAGGACUGGCUUGGACUAGAGUUGCGGCCAUGCCUCAAGCUGUAGCGAGGCAACGAGAUUAAUUGGAGAUGUAAGCACUUGGGCGCUGUGUUGAAAAUGUUGGGAGACAGAGUGCAGUCAGAUGCAAAAAGAGACCUUUAUAAUGACCCCACGUUUCCGGCCAGUGAUUCCUCCCUCUUUUUUAACUAUUCCACCCCACUUGCACAGUUCAGAGGGGAGAUCUCCUGGCUGAGACCGCAGGAAAUUUGUUCUGUUCCUCGAUUAUUUUCAGACAAUCCACAGGAGGUUCAAGUAAAGCAAGGGGUUUUGGGAGACUGUUGGUUCCUAUGUGCCUGUGCUGCUUUGCAGAAGAGUAAAUACUUGCUCUCUAAGGUAAUCCCCCCUGGUCAACCCAGUUGGACAGAUGAGAAAUACAGAGGCUGUUUCACUUGUCGAAUCUGGCAGUUUGGACACUGGAUGGAAGUAACCGUUGAUGAUCGCCUGCCUUGCCUUGGGGGUAAACUCUGCUUCUCCCAGUGUCAAACAGAAGAUGUGUUUUGGCUUCCGCUGUUGGAAAAGGUCUAUGCCAAAGUUCAUGGGUCUUAUGAGCAGUUGUGGGCAGGGCAGGUGGCAGAUGCUUUAGUUGAUUUGACUGGAGGUCUAGCUGAGAGAUGGGCCCUGAAAGAUCCUGGAAGAAAAAUGGAAAAAGAAAGGACUGGUACAGUUUUGGAGAAGACUGUGUUUAGGAGACUGAUGAACCUGAAGGAACAAUGUGUAAUAAGUUGCUCAGUCCUCAGCUCCAGGCAAGGUACUAGUGAGCUGGGAGAAUUUCACGCCUUUAUUGUCAUAGAUAUGCUGAACCUCUCCAAAGUCUCAGGCAAGGAUAUCAUUCUGCUCCGUAUACAAAACCCUUGGGGGAGGCGCUGCUGGAAAGGGCCGUGGCGGGAAGGUGGUCAAGGAUGGAGCCAGCUGGAUCCAGUAGUUGCUUCAGAACUGCUGUCGCAGAUUCAGGAAGGAGAGUUCUGGGUUGAGGAGGAGGAGUUUUUUAAGGAAUUUGAUGAGAUUACCACAGGGUUUCCAAUCACAGAAGAGGGACAGCUUCAAAGCCUUUAUACAGAGAAAGUGCUCAGUCAUACACAGAAUCUCUUUGGAUCAUGGGUGAAAGGCCAGUCUGCAGGUGGUUGCCGUAACAACAGCAGCUUUCCUUCCAACCCCAAAUUCUGGCUGAAAGUGUGUGAGCAGAGUGAAGUGUGCAUUGCUCUUCUGCAGAAACACAGGAAGUACAGUGCUGACUGGGCUGGACGAGUUCGCACUCUGACCCACGUAGCAAAGGACAGUCCAUCUUUGGCAGAAGGCAUCCAAGGGAAGAAUUACCAAGCUGUGGGACUGCAUGUCUGGAAGGUGGAGAAGAGACGGUUUAAUCUGCCAAAGACCCUCUCUACUCCUCCUGUUGUAGGGACUGUGUGCCAUUCCUAUGACAGAGAAGUGCAUGUGCGCUGUGAUCUUUCCCCUGGUUAUUACCUUGUUGUCCCCAGCACCUUUCUGAAGAAUGCAGAGGGGCACUUUCUGCUUCGUGUGUUCUCAACAGGGAGAAUCUCUCUCAGUGAGAUAAAACCACCACCCAUUGAUGCUGCCCUCUGUGAAGAGCUCCCACCAGGUGAAUGGGAGACAGUGCAGCUGCAGGGAUGCUGGAAAAACGGUCACAGUGCUGGAGGUAGCAGGAACUUCCCCUCCUUCCAUACCAAUCCCUGCUUUCCCCUCUCCAUCUCUGCAGGAAUAGGAGAGAGUUGCGUGAAAGUCACCCUUCGCCAGCACUGUCAAGAUAGCAAGUGUCAUCCAAUAGGGUUUCAUAUUUUUCAGAUACCUAACAGUAACUGGAAACCACAUGCUGCUUUUUUUCUGCAAUUGGAGCCACUGGUUAGCUGUGUACCUCAUUGCUAUUCACAAGAAGUGAGCCAACUUUGCAGACUUUCUGCAGGGAAUUAUGUGAUUGUACCCUCAACAUACUUGCCUAAUACAGAGGGGAAUUUCACAGUUAUCAUAGCAACAAAAAUAGACAGAAAACGCAUUCAGAGCCAAGAGACACUUGGACAUGUUUUGCAAGAAGUCUCCUUUACAGCUGUGAUGAAAAAGUAAUGUGACAUCCUUGUGCUGAUGUGACAAAUGGUGGAAAGUCUAGAACUGUCUGACCUCUGGUUGGCUUCAGUUUGAAACGAAGUACUUGGGAAGCACUUUGGAGUCCACAGUUUUCCCAUCACGUGUCAACCCUGUGCUGACUUGUCUGUAAAGAUACCUCCUUUACUGUAUGUAUCAUGAUGAGCAUUCGUUCCCUCUGUAUAUUUUACAACCAGCAUCAUACAACUGGACCUUGUAUUGUACCUCGGCUCUUCACUAAUACGGAUGAAGACUGCACAUUUGAACUCAAGCUGCAAUUUUAAAACAGAAUCAAAAGAAGAAAAAGAAAAUAUUUAUGCAUAUCUAAAGAAAGAAUAUUGGGUGAAAAAUAUCAAAGUUUACAGAACAACCUCAGGAGACCAAGGGAGGAGAACAACUGGAAUCUUUUUUUCAGGAAGAAGACUGUAGGAGCCAACAAAUUACACUGGAGUAGGAAAAGACCUGAUCUAUGUCUUACACUGCCAGUUUAUUUCUGAGCACUUUAUCAUGGUUCCUGCUACUACAAAUAGUUCUUUAAGUCACAAAUCAAUGAAGCUUGGCAGGAGUUUUUGGUUUGGUUUUUGUGUGUGCGUCGUGUGAAUACCUGGGAGGAAAAGGAUGAAAGACUUUUGCUAAGAUUUUUUGUUCCAAAAUUCUUUACAUUGUACUUUGUAGCCAGUAUUGAGACUAUUGUGUUCAGAGGGACCUCCCCUCUCUGUAGAAAAACAUGUCGUUUAACAGACUUUUCUUAAUUCCUAUUAAAAAUAUUUCCUAUUCAAGUUGGAUUUUAUUUAAACAUUGUAUUUUCUUUAAUAAAA